ACAGCUACGUAAUUUGCAUUCAAGUUAUAACUAUUACAAGAAUCGUCUCCUCCGAUGAUUCACCCGCAAUACUCAUCGCGCAGUCUCGUUAAAACGCGCGGGAAACCACCGACGUCGUCGAGAGUCGCAGGAAAGGUUCUGUUCGACGAACCAUUUUGUGCAAUCCUGACCGACCGCGAGAAAUUCAUUUGAAAAUAUUUUCGGCCGAAAAAUGCGCUAGAAGAGGGAAAAGGAUGGAUAAUGUGAGAGUCAGCUGAAUUUGGCGGCACAGCCCGAUCAGCUGAUUGGCGGACGGCGGUUUAGGCGCGAAACGCCGGCAUGGGAAGCCAAUCGCGAUACAGUCGAGAUAAUUUUGCUCGCGUAAGGUGCCAGUGUUUCCUGCUUCGUUCUUUAGAACGGUUCCUGGCGUCGUUCGUUAUCGUCGUCAUACGUCGUCUCCUUCGCCUAUUGCCGUCAUCGUCGUUCCUGAGCAUCGGAAUCUGGUUGAAAUUGUGAACUGAGAAUACGAUUUUCGAUAACGAUGGCAUUGCACGAAUCCACAAAAGAAAACAUCCGCAAGCACCUAGAGGAUAUAUCGUUACACACAUCACCAAAGAAAUCAUGCAUUUCUCCAACUAUUUCUCAGGAUCAUGGUUUGAAAAAUGGGGUACAACUAAAGGAGGACUUUAAUCCAAAACUGGAGCCACUGCUCCAGGAAGGCCCAAACCGUUUUGUAAUUUUCCCUAUUCAGUAUCCUGAUAUCUGGGAUAUGUAUAAAAAGGCUGUAGCCUCUUUUUGGACCAUAGAAGAAGUAUCCCUUCACAAGCAAGACAAGAAGGACUGGAAUGAAAAGCUAAAUUCCGAUGAGAAACGCUUUAUCUCUCAUAUCUUAGCAUUCUUUGCCGCUUCCGAUGGUAUCGUUAAUGAGAAUCUGAUUGAGAGAUUCAGCCAGGAGGUGAAAAUUUCCGAAGCACGUUGUUUCUAUGGCUUUCAAAUUGCCAUAGAAAAUAUUCAUUCUGAGAUGUACUCUUUGCUCAUUGAAACUUAUAUUUCUGAUCCAAAAGAAAAAGAUUUCUUAUUUAAUGCGAUUGAGACACUUCCUUGUGUGAGGAAGAAGGCUAAUUGGGCAUUAAACUGGAUCAAUCAUGAGAGUGCUACGUUUCCCGAACGUGUAGUCGCAUUUGCGGCGGUUGAGGGUAUCUUUUUCAGUGGCAGUUUCGCAGCUAUUUUUUGGCUAAAGAAACGAGGAGUCAUGCCAGGUCUCACCUUCAGCAAUGAACUUAUCUCGCGAGACGAAGGAUUACACUGCGAUUUCGCCUGUUUAAUGUUUAAACACAUCGUACAAAAACCAUCGUUUGAGCAUGUGAAAUCAAUUGUAAUGGACGCCGUAGAAAUUGAAAAGGAAUUUUUGACGCAAGCGUUGCCAGUUGAACUAAUAGGAAUGAAUCGCAUAUCCAUGUGUAACUACAUCGAAUUUGUUGCAGACAGAUUAUUCGUUGCAUUAGGAUUUGAAAAAGUUUACAAUUCGGAGAAUCCGUUCUCUUUCAUGGAUUUUAUCUCUAUGAUGGGUAAGACAAAUUUCUUUGAGAAAAAAGUAGGCGAGUACAAGAAGUUCGGAGUCAUGGAGGAAGAUUCUAAAAAGAAGAGCACGUCAAGUGUGCUGUUUGGUGCAAAGUUUUAAUAUAAAAGGUUUGAAUAUACAAAUAGUAUAAAACGAACAAAAACUGUUAUGUACUCCUCGAGAGAAAAAGGAUAUAUUGGUAAUUCCGCGACUUCGAAAUAAUUUUAUAAUAAUGAUAAGCUUUAAGACAAAAAUUUUUGACAAAUAUU